AUGAAGCUCGAGCACAUGCUGGUCUUUUCUCUGUUCGUGGGCGCCUUGGGCCAUGGUGCCCUGACCAAGCCACUGCCCCGCCUGGUGUCAGGUCAGCAGUACUGCCCCUGGUGUGUGGGCGAACACCAGCCGGUCACGAAUCCGUCCGGCGUGGUCAACAUAGAUGCAGAGCCGACCUCACCCUGCCUUGGCUCUCAAAUAGGUGAUGCCCCCUAUCCUGCCAGCAACUAUAACAACUAUCGAGUUGCUACUGCUCCAGCCGAGCCUUCCUACACGGCCGGUGGCAAACUGGAAGCAAACGUUGUGCUGGAUGCUGAUCACAAUGGACUUGCCAUCUUCGACUACUGCCCACACUCCGAAGCCCAGACAGAGGACUGCUUCAGGUCCCGGCAGAUCAACGACUGGACUGAUGUCCAUGCGUACUGGGAUGCCUCGAAUCAGCCAGGGUUCGCAGAUUCGCAGAUUCACACGUCGGACAAAUGCCAGAUCAUAGGGUUCUCCAAUUUGCACACGGGUCCAUUUAAAUGCAUGUCUCUUGAAUUCUCUGUUUAUGUCAUCAGCGUCAUGUACACAACACACGAGCCGGUUUGGAUACAAAGUGUUCCUUAUGGCAUGGUCAUCGGACGCCGCCAACUGGGGUACCGGGAGGAAGUCAAGCCGGAGGAGCAGACCCGGUCUUGGCGCGUCCCCGGUGUACCUAUGCACUGGGGAGAACAAGCCGUGAAGGAGGUGCUCGCAGGGGCUGGGCUCACUGCGAUAGCCCUGACCUCGCGAAUGGUGCGGAAGGGCAAGGCUACUUGGUUCCUACGUGCCAGGGGCACGGAGGAGAUCACGCAAGUGCCGGUCACGGAAGGCGCUGACAGGCUUGACUUGUUUGUCUUACCGGCUCAGGUCGCUAGGCGCCAGAUUGGACAGAGGACCCCGCUUAAGCCUGAACGGGCACAGAUGUUCACCCGUGAGAAGUUCAUCAUCCAGGUGGGUUCGUCACAGACCGCCGCCAUGGAGACUGACGGCGACGGCAAGGAGACUCCCGUGGGAAAGCGGUGCAUGACCGAGGUCAGGGCUGUUCCUGAGGGAGUAAAGCUGGAGACCAAAGCGCGGGACGGCAAUUGCUUGUGCCACUGCCUUGGGGAUGGCCUGACCUUCUUGAAGGGUGACAAGAAGAAGCGACCGGCGAGCCUCGUGCGCGCCGACUUGCACGACUACAUGAAGCGCAAGGCCACUGAGUUUGCGGGCUGGUGGGAUGGCCGGGACACCAAGGACCAGCCUGACACGCUGCAGACCUUUGCGGCGUACCUAGAUGAGAUGAUUGGCGAGGGGCGGUACUUGCGACUAUUGGAGUUGGCAGCUGCUGCGAGGGCUUUCGACCUCUCCAUCGUGGUGGUGCCAGUUGCAGCUUCGGACCCCCCGACACGCCACGGAGAGGGUUCGCGCACGCUGGCGUUAUGGUACCAUGGUGACCAUUAUGACCUGCUCCUUCCAGAGGACACGACCAAGGACUACCCGGCGGUGAUCACUUUGGCGACAAAUCUGGAGGACGGGGCGGUGGGGGACACGGUGGGGCGCCCUGGCAAGCGGAAGACUUCGCAGGAUGUGGCUGCGGAGGGUGAUGAUGAUGCCUUCACCGUCUAUUCGCGCAGGGCUGCUGAUCACCUCAGGCCGCGGUCUGAGGGGAGCCAUGCACCCCAGAAGGCCGGGGCGCCUUCCCAAGCGUCCGGGGCAAGUGCUGCCAAGGUGGGCAAAUCAUCCAGCAGUGCUGUGGGCACUGAGGUUAGCAAGGUCACUCUCUUCACCAUGUGGGGCGGCCGCCAUGUUGUCAGGGAGCCUGUGAUUGCCGAGAAGAUGGAUGACGAGGUGGCCAGUCAGGAUCUGCAGCAUGUGGUUGAGUAUUAUCGCCAUAGCCACUUGCAGAAGUGGCAUCCGGACAAGAAGGCUCAAUGGGCGUGCUUCAAGCGGUGGAAGUUCGCUGCUGUUCUCAAUGCUCGUGAUCGCUGCGAGGGUCGGCAACAGCAUGGCAAGGUGGCUCACCCAGGUGUGCCGAAGGCGUGGCGGAAGGGCCCCAGUGACAAGGGCAAUUACACCAAGGCCACGGUUGUGCGCAAGGCAGCUGGAGUUGCCGGACACAUCAUGCGGCGCAAAGCUGGCAGCUAUGGCGCCCACGACGUUGCGCUCCACCGGAUUCGCCACCUGGGUGCACGGGGCAAGAAGCCGCGGAAGACGGCAGUGGCUUACAUCUGCAGGCGCUGCGCGGCGUACGGGGCCUCGCCGGCAAACUUCAUUGACAAGUUGUGCCAAUCGCUUGAGGAUGAGCACCCGGCGGAUCUCACGGACGGGGUUAGGGCCGUGCUUCACGUCAUCGAUGAGGUUAAGGCGAGGCUUCAGCAGGACAGGGACAAGCUCGCUGAGGAGCACGGGGCGAAGACGCAUCAGUUGAAGGCUGUGGCGUGGCCGUUCCAUCAAGGUGACGACAUCAACUUUCGGGUUCGGUUUCUGUGCGUGCGCUGCCACUUCCAUGCGAUCAAGCGCCACUCUUUCCGGGAUGUUGAGUGUGGCACCCUGGGCAAGCGCCGACGCUUCGCGCAGGAGGAGCGUUUGUUAGCCAUGACUUGA